UCUCACUUCAUCCCCCCAUCAAGUUGAAUCACAAUCAGAGGAUAUUAAAAUCAUUCGACAAUUGGAAUCAAGAGAACUCAGAGGCGAGUAAGUCUCGAAAAAUAUUUAAUCUUCGUCCAGUAAAAAGAAAUCAGCAAUGUUCUCAGUACCUCGUCUUCUCCACGUCAGUUCAACCCCAUCAAGGAUUGUCCGUUCAAUGAGUCUACUGAAGAGUCAAGGUUACAUCAACGGAAAAUGGGUGCCAGCAUCCACUGGGGAGACCUUCGCAGUUUGCAAUCCAGUGAACAACUCGAUCAUCACCGAAGUACCUGAUAUGUCAGUGGAGGACACGACCCAAGCGAUCGACGCAGCAAAAAAAGCUUUCCAGAGGUUUCGAACAACAACAGCAAAGGAACGAAGUGAUCUCCUCCGUUGCUGGUACAACCUGAUGCUCCAGAGCUCUGAAGAACUCGCAGAAAUUCUGACAAAAGAAAAUGGGAAGAGUCUAGCCGAGUCCCGAGCCGAGAUAAAAUACGGGAAUUCCUUCGUUGAGUGGUUCUCCGAGGAAUCACGUCGAAUAAACGGUGAAGUUCUCCAGGCCCCCGUGCGCAACCGAAAACUCCUUAUUCUGAAACAACCAAUAGGCGUUGCAGCUCUUAUCACACCCUGGAAUUUCCCCCACGCUAUGAUAACCCGUAAAGCUGGUGCUGCAAUUGCUGCUGGUUGCACUUGUAUCAUAAAACCAUCAGAGGAUACUCCACUCACUGCUCUAGCCCUCGGUAAACUCGCGGAAGACGCUGGUUUUCCACCCGGAGUCAUCAACAUCGUCACGACGAGUCCAAAAAAUUCAGCAGUCGUUGGUAAAUUACUCUGCGAAUCCACUGACGUUCGAGCCCUGUCUUUCACUGGAUCCACUGCUGUUGGAAAAAUUCUGUACAACCAAUGUGCGUCCACUGUCAAGAGAAUUGGUCUGGAGCUGGGAGGAAAUGCUCCUUUCAUCAUCUUCGAGAAGGCCAAUAUGGAUCUCGCUGUUGCUGGAGCAAUGGCCAGCAAAUUCAGGAAUACAGGACAAACUUGUGUGUCUGCCAAUAGAUUUUAUGUCCAUGACAAACGGUUUGAUGAGUUUCUCCAGAAAUUCAAGGAGAAAAUUUCUGGAGAAAUUAAAAUGGGGGAUGGAAGCUUAGAGGGCAUCACUCAUGGGCCCUUAAUUAAAUCCAGUCAAGUGGAAACUAUUGAGUGUUUGGUGAAUGAUGCUCUGGAGAAGGGAGCAAAAUUACAUUGUGGCGGGAAACGAUUGGAUAAUCUUGGGCCGCUGUUUUAUGCUCCAACUGUCUUGACUGAUGUUGAUGAGAGCAUGGAGAUCUAUGGAAAGGAAAUAUUUGGCCCUGUUGCUGUUAUUCACAGGUUCAAAUCUGAAGAGGAUGUCGUUAAAAUGGCUAAUAGUGUUCCUGUUGGACUCGCUGGAUAUUUUUAUUCUGAGGAUUUGUCACAGAUUUUUCGAGUUACUGAGAAACUCGAGGUGGGGAUGAUUGGGGUUAAUGAGGGGAUCAUUUCUUGUGCUGAGGCUGCUUUUGGGGGUGUCAAGGAGUCCGGGAUUGGCAGGGAAGGAUCUACACAUGGAAUUGAAGACUUUCUGGAUAUCAAAUAUCUUUGUAUUGGGAAUGUACAGCAUUGAGGGACUCAAUUAGACGAUAAUAUCGAAGUUAAGUCGUCAAACGGAAUUAUUCUGUAUUCCUCUAUUAUUUUCGUUAUUUGUGAUUAUUUAUUUUUUAUCGAGUAUUAUAGUCAUAUUUCUUGUCUUUAAUUAAUGAAAUUGCGAAUAGAGAUUCCGGGAAAUCGUAAUUAGGAAAUAAUUCUCUUGAUUUAAAUGAUUCCGGAGGUAAUCACGAGAUGAGAAAGCGAACUGAUUAUAUUCUAUUAUUUCUCAAAUUCUUGAAUUAUGAAGAUAAAAUUGAAUUUAUGAUUGGAAAAGAAUAAAAAAUGCAA